GUUUUUCUGGCCUAUAAAAGAACGUGAACUUCGACCAGGACCAUCAGAAAACCAGUGACCGUUCUAAGGAAAGCAUCAGUUCGAAAAACAUUUUAUUUUUAUCCCAGUGUUUCAUUCUAAACAGUCUUUUAAAAAUGAAAUCAAUGUUGGUCAACGCAAUUUUAGUGCUCUUCUUUGUUGCAAAAUUUAGUGCCGCAGAGAUGGACCACGACAAGAACCGGCGAGGUGCCAACAUGGGGCUCUAUGCCUUUCCGCGUGUAGGCCGCGGAGAUCCCAGUCUGGCCAACAGUUUGCGCGACGGAUUAGAAGCUGGAGUCCUUGACGGCAUUUACGGUGAUGCCUCCCAGGAGGAUUACAAUGAGGCGGAUUUCCAGAAGCGGGCCACCGGAUUGGUGGCCUUCCCACGCGUGGGUCGCGGCGACUCGGAGCUGCGGAAGUGGGCUCAUCUCCUGGCCCUGCAACAGGUGCUGGACAAGCGCACAGGACCCAGUGCCUCCUCGGGAUUGUGGUUCGGUCCCCGCCUCGGCAAGCGCAGUGUGGAUGCCAAGUCCUUUGCUGACUCCAACAAGGGACAAAAGGAAUUCAACUAGACUCCCACACCACACACUCCGCACUGAUGAAAGGCACCUUUUUGACACUCUAAAUGUCGUAAACACACUUUUGUAUAUCAAAGAGAACGCUUCUAAUUGAAUAUUGUAACGGGUAUACAACAACUAUGGUUUUCGGUCAAAUAUAUACAAAUAAUGAAUUAAGGGCUGGUGAGAGCUUGUAAUUAAUGUCUUUGUGUGUUGUUCUUGCCAUUUCGAAUAUGUAAAUAUAAUUAAAGUAAUUACAUAACCUGCA